AAUUGCUUAUCAAAGCCACCUUUAUUCAAUUUUUACUCAGAAAAAAUUGAAGAAACCAACAAAAUAAGAACCACUCCUGUAGCUUGUAAUUCUGGAGCUAGAGCGUGAGCUAGGGCAACAAUGGCGGCACUUCCGACUGAGAUGAUCACCGAAAUUCUCUUACGCUUACCUGUUAAAUCACUUAUACGCUUCAAAUGCGUCUGCAAAUUCUGGAAUUCCAUAAUCAAAACCCCCAAUUUCAUCAAACUUCACUUCAAUCAAUCCCUAAUUUCCAACUCCGAUCGUCAUCUCCUCCUCUAUGAUGAGUCCAUUCAUUCCGCAGAACUCAACGAUAACCACCUCUCUUUCUCGGAGCUCCAGCUCCCUCUCUCAACUCAGGGAGUCCAGGUGUUUGGGUCUUGCAAUGGCAUCAUUUGCAUUGCCAACAAAACUGAAAUCGUGUUGUUAAACCCACUUACCAAAUCACAUUCUAAGGUACCUAUUACUCCAGAUCCUAACAGUGUUAAACCUCCUGUUCGUCUGUUCGGAUUUGGGUACGACAGUAAGAGCGACGAUUACAAGGUUUUGAAGUUGGUUCAAUGGUGUCCUAGAGAUGAUAUGGGUAUCUGCGUUGAAGUGGAAUUGUAUAGUCGCAAUAAUAAUACCUGGAAAUCUGCUCAAGUUAACGGAAUCGGGUCGAUGUCUGUGUGCUGUUGUUAAUUAUUAUUUAGCAGAAGAUAUGGAUUUUUGGAAAUGCGAUUUAUGGGUAAUGAAGGAGUAUGGAAACAAAGAGUCUUGGAUGAGAUUGUUUAGUAUUGGCAAUGAGUGUUUCCUGAGAUGCAAUUUAGUAUUGCCUAUUGUUUACUACAAAGAUGGGAAAAUUUUUUUGUUGGGCAUAAGCGACCUCAAGUUUGGUUGGUAUGAUUUGGAGUCCAAAACAUUUGAUGCAAUCAAACUUCGUGGAUUGCCAAGGGAACGUAUGAGGAUAGAGUGUUCUGUGGGGUGUUUUGUGGGCAGCCUUGUUUCGAUCGAAGAUAAGCUGCAAUCGGAAAGGGAAACCUUGCCAAUGAUAAAGAAGAAGUAAGCAGAGUUUUUAAAUACAAAUGCACAUAUUUUGUUAGUAUAAGACUUUGAAUCCUGUUUGCUUAAAUUCAUUUUCUGUAUUGUUCUGUGAUCUGUUUGGUUGGUAUGCAGGGAUGAUUAAUAGUAAUCGUCUAGUUUAUUACUAUUGAUUUGUAACAGAUGCUUAUUGCUCUUGGCUAAUUGUCACUGCUAAUCUAUCGUACCUUGUGAGCACAUUGCCACAUUUUAA